AUGCCCUUAGGCCUGAAGAAUGCGCCCCAGAUCUAUCAACGUAUGAUCGAUAACGUGGGUUCACCCGGAUCCCGAAGUCUGAAGAUCAUGGAAGUACUUCGGAUGUGUUUGAGGACGGGGAACCAGUGGAUCCAGGCAAGCCUUCGAUCAUAUAUCGAUGACAUCUUGAUCCCCGCCGAUAACCGGGACCAACUAUGUGACCGAGUCGUGGGGUUGCUCGAAGCAUGUGAUAAGUAG